AUGGCUGCUUCUGCCAACGGCGUUGCGCUGGAUGCAGAGGAGGACCCCAAUGAGGCUGUCGCUGAAGAGGCUGUCGCUGAAGAGACUCUUGGACUGUCGCGGAAGAAGCUCAGGACACCCUUGGAACUUGAAAUGGGCCCGAGCACCAUACGUUGCGAAGACCCCCAGGAUGCGUACGUCCGAACACUCACGAGAUAUGUGACGGAGAAGAUUGAUGAGUUCUGGUCCCACUCCUGGCAGCUGAAACCAUAUCGGAAGCUUUGGCUUCGGACUUUGAGGUUGGUUAUAUGUAGCAAUUGGGGUCUGGGAAUGGUAAGGAAGGUUUUUUGCCUGCUUUUCUUGAAGAACGGCUUGGCAAGCAGCAUCGCAGGUACGUUGGGAGCUCUGCUGGCUGCUUUUCUGAUGCGAGCGGGCGUCCUCCCGAUCAAAGUCCUCCCUUUCUCCCACAUCCCCUUCUGGUGCACUGUCUUUGGAGUCAUCUUCUCGGCGGCGGCACUCUUCCUUUGGCGCCCCCAGGAUGCUUGCCUGCACUGGGAGGCGAAGGUCUUUCUGGACGUCUGUUGCAUCAACCAAGUCGACUCGAAGAAGAAGGCCGAAGGGAUCGUCAGAGGCAUCUUGAAGCGAUCCAAGUCGUUGUUCAUUCUCUGGGACCCGAGCUACAUCGAGAGGACCUGGUGCGUCUUCGAGAUUGCCGCAUUCUUGCACGGCUGCGGCGCUCGGCCGCGCACCGUGGUGCGCCCAACGCUCCUGGGCCCUACGGCCUUGGCGACCUACGUGGGAACUCCCAGCAUGAUGCUGCUGUGGAUCUUCGUCCAUGACUUUGAUGAUGACUUGCUCUUUGGGGUGGACUUCAACAUCUGCGCGAUGUUUGCGGCCUUCUUCUUGGCCUUCUACUGGGGCGUCGCGACCUUUCGCUCCUACUACCGCUCCAUUCAGACCUUUUAUCACCAGUUGCUCAACUUCCGGCUUCAGGAUACGAAGUGCCACUGCUGCACAAGAGGACACAUUUCAGAGGAUGGCUCCCGGAUGCCUUGUGACCGUGAGAUUGUGGAGGGAUGUAUUUGCAACUGGUUCGGAAGCGUGCAGAAGUUUGAGGAGUUCAUCGCACCUCUCCUGCGCUCCACUUUCGAGAACCAGCUUGGACAACACCAGUUUCCCUACAGCUACUUCCUCGUGAUCUUUUGCCCUGCUGCCUGGCUUGCGAUGGACCUGAGCGUGGGCGCAGCAGAACCAGGGUACAUCGCCCGGUAUGAGAAAGACUACUGGUCUGUGUUCUGGUUUUUCCAGCUCUUGGGGAUCUGGCUCGGGACUAUGCCCAGCAUAUCCAAACUGGCUCUCUACCUCACCCAGUGCUUCUGUGCGCCGCGUCGCUACUUGAUCUGCGAUGUGCUCCUGAACGUCAUGAUUGUGUCCUUGCUGAACUUCUGCUUCUACCUCUUCCUCCACACCACGCGGUUCUUCAAUGACAAGCAUAACAGCCCAUUGAACGACCUGGACAUCAGCAUGACGGCUCGAGCCAUUCUGAUGUUUGUCACCUGGUGCCUGCCAGCGUUCCUCCUCUUCUCGAUGCCGGAGGUUCUGAAGUUGAUACGCUCCAGGCACAAGAAGCGGAGUUCACAAGAUGCCACCCAGGAAGGCAGCAUCUAG